AGAGUCUUCCGCAUUGAGCUUGAACUAGCGGCCAGUACUGUCAUGAGUUUCACCUUGCUGCUAAUCAUUUUCUCUCGAGCAUUUGCCCAAAUCUCACCGGAAGAUUAUCUAGCUCCACACAAUGCAGCUCGAGCUAACGUUAAUGUUGAACCCAUGAUAUGGGACGAUAAUGUUGCAGCAUACGCCAGUGAGUACGCUAACCAGAGAGCCUGGGAUUGCAAUCUUGUUCAUUCUACUGGUCCAUAUGGUGAGAACCUUGCAAAGAAUGAUUACACAGAUCUAUCCGUAGGAGAUGCCGUUAACAUGUGGGUGUCCGAGAUGAGUAAUUAUGACUACCAAUCAAACUCGUGCCAAGGAGGGCAGUGUUUGCACUACACACAGGUGGUUUGGUCUGACAGUGUUCGUCUAGGGUGUGCGAGUGUAGCUUGUGGUGCUGGUGGUACCUUUGUCAUUUGCAGCUAUGAUCCUCAAGGCAACUGGGUCGGGCAACGUCCUUACUAAACAAAUGGCACGACAAAUAUGUAAUCGUCAUUUGAUUUGAUGAGAGGAUUUUUCUUUAUUUAUGAA